AUGAAUACUUCUAUUAAAAGUCUACUAAGUAAGACACCGAAGACUACCAAGAUACGAUGUAUACAACCAGCAGACAUAACUCAUGAGAGCAUACCCAUACCUAAACUGUCAUUUGAAGGACCGGUAUCUUAUCGCAAGGCGGAAGAGUUCCAUAAACAUCCAACAUUACAACCAUUUCAAAUAUCAGGAUAUAUACCGAAAGACAAAUCAGAAAUUAAAGGAGUUGAUAGUAUGGUUCAUAGAUGGGCAACUAAUAAGUUUUCAAUUAAUAAAUAUCCACCAAUUUUGAAAAAUCAAUUUAUGAUUAUACAAUAUUUCCCAAAAGAUCAUAUAAUUUCACAAUUUAGAAAAUCAAAUAUUUCAUUUAUUUUAAAUUUAUUUCGUAUACCUGAAUUUAAUAAUUUCAAAUUAGCAAAAUCAAUAAAUGAAUAUAAAGGAAAAUAUUCAUUUUUACAAUCUAUAAAAGAAAAACAUCUGCCUAUUUCGACAGCUUGCGGAAGAACUAAUACAAAGAAGAAAUUUAGACAUUUAUUUAUUAAAGCAUUGGAAAGUAAUAAAGAACUUCAAAAUGGAUAUAAACUAAGUGGGACUUAUUUGUUUCAAAUAUUGAAAAUCCCCAUUAAUGAACAAGAUGAAAAAAUUAUAAUUGAAGAUUAUAUUAAAAUGAUUAAGAAAAUAACAAGUAAUAAAAGUAAUAUUGAUUUAUUGAAAAGAAACCAAAAAGAUGAUCAAGUUAAAAGAAAUGGUAUUGAUGGUAUAUUUGGGAAAUUGAAAUUGAAUUGGGAUGUAAAGAAGUAUAAAGCCAAUAAAAUCAAAUUCCCAUUUAUUGACAAAUCACUUGUUAAAGGGUAUAUAUCCAAUACUAAUGAUUCACAACAACUGCAGCAGCAACAACAACAACAACAACAACAACGAAGAUCUAAUAGAGUAAACAAAAGAAAUCUUGAAAAGAGAAAUGAUAAAUCUACAUAUUCAGUUAAUAGAUAA